AUGGAUAUGCAGGUUGUCUACGACCUUUUAGGGGAGAAUGCGUGGUUGUGCAUUGCCGCUACCUUUGUGGUGUUGUGGAUUAUUAUUUGGCUGUACAGAGACAGCAUGGAGAUUGAGGAUGUCACUUCAAAGUAUGUAUUUGUGACGGGCUGUGACACAGGGUUUGGAAACCUGCUGUGUAAGAAGCUGGACCGUAAAGGUUUCCGCGUGUUGGCUGGCUGUCUCACAGAAAAGGGAGCUGAUGAUCUGAAAAGAGUGGCAGGGCCCCAUUUGAAGACUGUCCUGCUAGAUGUGACCAGUCAGGACAGCAUCCAAAAAGCCAUGGAGUGGGCUAAGAAGGAAGUUGGUGAAAAAGGACUUUGGGGUAUUGUGAAUAAUGCUGGACGUUCAUUGCCCAUGGGUCCUUCAGAGUGGAUGAAAGUAGAGGAUUUUCAUAGCACACUCAAAGUCAACAUGAAUGGAGUGAUUGCCAUGACGAUGACAUUCCUGCCCCUCAUCAAAAAGGCUCGAGGCCGUAUUGUGAACGUAGCAUCAGUGUUGGGCAGGGUGGCCGCAAAUGGUGGUGGAUACUGCAUCUCCAAGUUUGCAGUGGAGUCUUUUUCUGACUGCCUCAGGAGAGACAUAAACUACUUUGGAAUCAACGUGUGCAUCAUUGAGCCAGGAUUUUUCAAGACUGCAGUGACCAGUCUCGAACCCCUCGAAAGGGAGCUACAUCGCUUGUGGAACCAGCUCAGCCCUGAAGUACAAGCCUCCUAUGGAGACAAGUACCUCGAUAAGUACAUCAAAGUCCAGCGUUUAAUUAUGAAUGCUAUCUGCGACACUGACCUCACCAAGGUGACCAGCUGCAUGGAGCACGCUCUCACUUCUGCAUACCCACGCACCAGAUACAGCGCCGGCUGGGAUGCCAAGCUUAUCUGGAUCCCCCUCUCUUACAUGCCUUCCUGGGUCGUUGAUAUUGGGCUGAAGCUUGUGCUGCCACGUCCCUCAAAGAGUGUGUAA